AUGCUAAAACUCAGAAAGGGCUUUUUUCAUCCAUAUCGUUCGCAGUUGAACUAUAAUUCUCACAUAUUUGUGGGAAUAAACAAAAAUGGAAUAUUAUUUUUUGCAAAUACAAGGGCGGAAAUCCCACCAGUAAUUGUUGAUAGUGAAAAUGCUAAUGAUAAGAAGGAUAUAAUACUAAAAUUUAAGGAUGAAUCAAAUUUGGAAGGAGAAAACAGGAGUGUUAUUAUAAGGGAUAAAUAUGUGGUCGAUGAUACGUUCUCUUCUUAUAUAACAACAAGGAGAAAAUUUUUAAAUUUCUUUUCCUAUGAUAUAAAAACAUAUCAAGACAAUAUGCUUUAUAAAAAGAGUAAUGGGUGUGAAAAUGCUUUUUUAUAUUCAACAAAAAUUAAACAGUUAAAAUAUAGUGAUAGGAUAAGUACUAAUAUCUAUGUUCAUAUUUUUAAUUCUCAUUAUGAUGGUGCUAAUAGCUUAGGUGAUGCUGCUCCAUCCUUUAUAGGUCAUAAUAAAUUUUUUUUUAAAAAAAGUCUAUUUGAUAUAUUAUUUAAAAAAUAUAGCUUAGUUUAUUUUUUUACAGAUACAAAUCAUAUCAGUGAAAUGGGAAAAUAUUUGAACGAUUUUGUUUUGCAAAAUAAAAAAAAGUGUAACAUAGAACAUGAAAUAAUUAAUACAGAAGGAUGUUUUAUAAAAUUAAAAAAAAAUGCACAUCCCAUUCAUUUAUUUUAUUGUUAUGUGCCACCUUAUAAAUUCUUCUUGUCAACCUAUUUCACUAAAAAAAUUGCACUAAGUUUAAGAAAUGCCCAUUUCGAUAAUGCUAAUAACAGGAAUUUCUUUUUUUUAACGAACAAACUAAAUGCGCAGGAUGAAAAUGCUUUAUUGUUAUCACACACUAAUAAUUGUACUUCUCAUAGUAACAGUAAUAGUAACGCGCACUAUUACAGUGCGAAUAACUCGUUACCAUCACUCCUGUUGUUCGAUGAACACUGCUACGUUAGGUACCAUAUCAAGGGGUUAUAUACAAACGAGGCAUCCCACUAUCUUUUCAACGUCCUCUUAAAUAUAUAG